AUCAACGUGUUUGUUUUCUUCCUGGCUGUACUGUGGCUGUCACCCAUUCUGCCGCCGACUAUUUCGUGUGGCCAAAAUGCUCAGUCCGGAGGCGGUGUGGCACUUCCCGGUGCAAAUAUGGGACCAGGUUUUGUCCAAAGUAAACCGGGCGGUGGUCUUCAUGGACGACGCGAGCGCGGAAGUGCUUCACUGGAGCGCGGGGGGUGCCGCCGCGUUGUUCGAGGCUGGAGCCCGAAACGUGAAACAGUUCUCCAGCUUUGAAUCUUGUAAUGAGGACGAGCCCAAAGCAGUGUUCGUGGUGAGCACUUUGUUAAAGGGGCGUACCGUAGACACUCUAAAGGACAUCAUCUCACUCAGCCACCUGCAGUACUGUGUUGUGGUCACAGCUGUGUCCCAUCCGUUGCACCUGCUCGCCAACAAUGUAGCACCAACAGCGGACGUUGAUGGCGCCACGCCCGUCUUUGAGCAGCUGGAGGAUAAGCUUUGCGAGUGGAUGGGCAACAUGAACUAUACGGCCGAGGUCCUGCACAUACCGCUCACCUUUGCCCCCGUGUCCCAGCAGUUGCUUCUGGCGCCUGCUUUUGUCCACCUCUUUCCACUGCUGCCACCUGACUUGUGCACCGUCAAUGCAAAACGGCCAGAUAAGAAGCGCUUCACCAGUCUACUGGAUGUGGACUUGCACGCACUUCCGGCUGAGCUACAGUUGCAGAUCAAGACGCUAGCAGGGGCCGUAAACACCCUUUUUGAGGCCACUGGCACCAGAGAGGAAAGUUUCGCAGUGGGCCCCAUGAGUCGCCUCAUCGCGGGGGAGCUGGCAUCUCAUCCCCAGGCCAAGAACCGCAGGAAGACUGCUCCCAACAAAGCCUCCAUCAUCUUUGUAGACCGCACAAUGGACCUUACUGGGGCAGUCGGUCACCAUGGCGACAACCUAAUAGAGAAGAUUUUGACGGUGCUGAAACCUCUUCCGGGUCAUGUCACGGAUGUGCAAGUUGACAUGCGGGAGCUGACCAACGUGCUGAUCAUUCCUGAUUCGGAGAGCUGCGUGGCACCAGGAUGCCUAGCACAAACACAGUCGCCUGCAGCCCGUUCCCUGUGGGAGGCCAUGCUCACCAGCAAGCACAAAGAAAGUGUGAUGGAGGUCCGACGGCAGCUUGUCGAAGCAGCCAGCAAGGCGAACCUGCCCAUCAAGAUGAGCAUGGGCCGCGUGACCCCCGAGCAGCUGUGCUCUUAUGCGCGGCCGUUCCGAGGUGACGCGAGGGCGCUAGAGAGUCACUGCGGGGUGCUCCAGCUGGGACUGGCCACGGCGCAGACCCUCCGACACCCACUUCUUCCCCGCUGGGACGCCUGCCUGGCCUUUGAGAGGCUACUGCUGCAGGCUCUGGGAGACAGUGACUUCCCCUCAGUGCUGAGUCAGCUGCUGCCCUUGAUGAAGCCCCGCGAAGAUCAGGAUGGCAGCGCCGGCUUCGCGGAGGACGAGUGCGGGCCCGAUGAACUGAUCCUGCUGCUAGUCUUCUUGUACUCGCUGGCGGAUGAGGCUCAGCUAGCACAGCAGGAGGACAAGCUGGAGAAGCUGGAGAGGGAGCUGAUCGGCGCACUCACAUUGGCCAUUAUGAGGGAGACCACACUCAGCCCCUUGCUGCAGAAACUCACAGGGUGCACACAACCUGACGAACUGAGAACGGAUCAGGUCCACUCCACUGUGGAGAGCAUGUUCAAGACCUUCGGCGGGCUGAGUCACCCGCGAGACCACCUCAAGCAACUACGUCGCGUCUACACUGCUAGUGACUGCGUCCACCAGGCUACCUAUCGACCUUUCCUGCGACAGAUUCUGCAGGAAGUCUUCCACCCUGAGCGACCUGAGUGUCCUGACAUCGAGCACAUGUCAGGGGGCCUCACGGACCUCCUAAAGACGGGCAUCAGCAUGUUCAUGAAGGUUAGCCGCCCGCAUCCCAGCGACAACCCACUGCUCUUCCUCUUCCUGGUGGGUGGAGUCACACCCUCAGAGCUCCGCCUCAUCAAGGAGACCACCGCCUCCUUGAAACCCGGAACUCAGGUUCUGGUUCUGUCUAGCCGGCUGCUGAGGCCCACCGACGUUCCCGAGCUGCUCUUCGCCACCCAAAGAUUAACACCAGACAUCGGUGUGUGAGACCGCUGAGAGUAAGUACUUUCAGUGGGCACUCAGGUCAUCAAAGAUACUUGAGUAAAAAAAAGACACUUGUAAAAGCAGAAGUACAGAAACCUUCGAUAUUGGACUGUAAAUGAAGUACAAAUAUUAUGGGAUUUAAUCAUAUCUGUUCUUAAUAAAACAUGCGAACUGUUUGCGCCAAAAACACUUCUGAGACCUCAUCAUCAAAACUAAACAUGUCAAUAAAACAGUAGAAAAUGUCAACAUUUAUUAAUCAUUAGAUGAACAAAAUAAUUCUUGUUGAACAACUUAAUAAUUAUAUUUCUAAGACACAUCAAGUUGUCAGAACACAUCAUUAAAACAUUUCUUUUUCACUCUGUGUGUUCCUUAUGUCAUCAAAGAGCACAGAGAUGUUUUUCGAAAAACAAGGUCAGCGCUGUGAAAUUAUUCUGGUGUGCCGUUAUACUUUUAUGUAAGAAAUGACCCAAGGACGCUUUGCAUUCUGCAGCUAUGAAAAGCAAGCUCUCUCUCUCUCUAGUUUUCAAACAUGUGGAAGGAUUUGUAUUAUGAUAUUAAAAAAUGGAGUAAAGUAAAGUAAUAGUUCAAGUAUGAAAAUAUUGUUAGUAAAAUAUAUAUAUCAAUAUGUGUAUCAAUGAUAAGAAUUUUAUUUCUUCUGUGCCAAUAUGAAAAUAUUAUCCCAAUUCCUAAUUUUUGCUCCUCGUCCUCUUCAUGUUUUCAUUAUUUUUAAUAGAAAUUUGAAAAAAUUGUUUUAGGUAUACUAACUGCCUGUUAUUGAAAAUAAAAAUAAAAAACAUGCAUUAAAAAAGAUUCACAAAUUUUCAAUGUACAGUAUUCUAAAAGGACUAGAAUCUGAUUUAAAUCAUAUAUUUCAUAAAUUAAGAUAAUGCAUGAUUAAAACUUACAUUAAAAUUACAAAAAUAUUGGUCUGUUUUCAAUAUACACUGAGGAGCAGAAGUAUUUGCACCCCUUAUGAUUUUGCAGGUUCAACCACUUAGAAAAUAGGAAGAGGUCUGAAAUUUCAAUCAUAGAUGCAUUUCCACUUAUCGAGACAUAAUCUAAAAAAAAGAAAUCCGGGACUCACAUUGUAUGAUUUUUCAAUGAUUUAUUUGUAAUUUACUGGGGUUCAUAGGUAUUUGUACCCCUGAAAAAUCAGUGCUAAUAUUUAGUGCAAAAGCCUUUGUUUGCAUUUACAGAGGUCAGACGCUUUCUGUAGUUCUUCACCAGGUUUUCACAGAUGGAAACAAGGAUUUCGGCCCAUUCCUCCACACAAAUAUUUUCUAGAGCUGUCAGGUUUCGAGGCUGUCGUUGAGAAACACGAAGUUUCAACUCCAUCCAAAGAUUUUCUAUUGGAUUGAGGUCUGGAGACUGGCUAGGCCUCUCCAGAACCUUCACAUGCUUUUUAGGUGGCACUCCUUGGUCAACUUGGCUGUGUGCACACGGGCCUAGGCUUCAACUUUUUUUCCAUUAAGGUCCCAUAUUAUUUGAAUUUAAAAAAGAAGCUAAAAAAUACAUCUUAACCAGGGGUGCCAAUAUUUAUGGAGGGCACUGUAUAUGAAUUUCAGACGUUUGUCUAUGGAAUGUUUGGCUGUGCGUUCCCCCUUCACAAACGACAUGUACCUAAGCGAGGUGACGUCAUCGUGACAUCACGCCGACUUCCUCCAUUCUAAACUGUCAUGACUGAAUGGAAGGUAAGAAGGCCAAAUCAAUCCAUACCAGUGACUAUAGAUAAUGUUGCAAAUAGUGUUAAUUCAGUACGUGACACAGAUGGAUUCGGACCACAAAUAGGAUGUCUUGCUCAUGUAGUAAACCUAGCUGCUAAGAGAGUUGUAGCAAUCAACAGUGUGCCCCGCCUCACUUUACAAACAGUCAAGAUUGUUCUCAGCACUUUUAUAUAAAAUUUCUUCAGAUCAUUAAGAAGUAAGCACAUAAAUAUUAUGCACUAAAAUGCAUUUUUAUAUGAUGGCAAUUCAAUUUUUGCUCGUUAGCAAAAA